AUGUUUAUAAAACCGUGGCAGUUAAACACAGUUAUCGGCCUUCUAUUGUUGGUCCCAAUUUUUGGACAACAUAUAACGCUAACAUGUGAACGAGAGUUUUGUUAUGAACUAGAUGUUGGCCUAAAACGGGAAAUAACUGCCGACCAUACCUCAACCAAUAACAAUCGUCAUGAAUUUCUGAAACGUAUCAGCAACGAUGAUAUUGAAAGUCGUAUUGAAAGGCAACGAGAGCGAAUUUCCGAUCGCUUCGAUGAUACAAUGCGACAACCACGGGAGAUGAUAGAAUCUUGUUCCCCUGAUAGCCGUAUAAGAACAUCUAGCGCUCAGCAACGAAUUGAAGGAGAACGCCAAGUCAACCGAAGAGACAGUAACAUGGAGAGAUAUCGUGAAGUUCUUUAUCGUCGCGAUGAGAAUAAAUCGGAUUUAAAUAAUCUCAAGGAGGGAAACGAAUUCAGGGAAUGCGACGUCCGACUUAUUGAACGGAAUGAAAAUGAGAGAAAUAAUGUUGCAGAAUCUGAAAAUUAUCGCCAAAUUUCCAAUCGUCGUACUGAGAAUGGAUUAAAACGAGAAAAUCGCAAUGGCAAUGAAGAGCGGCGUUUUGAAACACGCCAAAGCGAGAAUAACAAUAGGCGACAAUCAGUAGAGCGAAAGAUACAUAAUCGUAACGAACGUAAUAUGGACACGCGACGAGAGAAUAAAACCGAACGCGACACACGACGAUUUGAUUCCCGAAAAGCUAUUAACGACAUGGAAUUAGGUCGCAAUGAAAAUCGGCGAGACAAUACUAGGCGAGAGCGAGAGGACCGAGCUGAAAUUAGUCGAGUAGAUACUGAACGUUCUAACGAACGUAUGGGGGAAGUUCGUCAGCGACGUGAUGAAAACAAAGAGAACACUUUACGAAUUCAAUCACGACGCUCUAAUAUGGAUGAAUCCAAUCGUAUUCGCGAAGAACGAAACGAAUAUGCUUUAGGAGUUGAAUCACGGCGAAAUAACGAGAGGAGAACUGAAACUCUAGGUACACGUAACGAUGAUCGACGAGAGGAAGACCGUAAUGAAAACAUUUUCGAUCGAAUUCGUGAAGUUCGAGAAAGGCGUUUUGAAAAUACAGAUACUAGGCUUCAAGUUCAAUUACAACGAGAUAGCGACAGACGACGUGAAAUUCAAGAUGAACGUAUCGAUAACGCAAGGGAUUAUGAACGAUUCGAAUCUCGUCGCUAUAAUGUUGAUGAAAUCAAUCGUAUUCGCGAAGAACACCUAGGUCGUGAUGAUAAUAACGAUAAAGGUUUACGAUCUGAAUCUCGGCGAACUAGCGACAGGAGACAUGAAGCUCUACAGGCUAGACGAGAAGAAGACCGCAAUGAAAAUGCAUCUGAUCGAAUACGUGAAGUCCGAGGAAUGCGUGAUGGAAAGAAAGACAACAGGCUACGAGUUGAAUCUCAACGAGAUAGCAAUAGACGACGUGAAAUUCGAGACGAACGUAUCGAUAACGGAAGGGACUAUGCACGAUUCGAAUCACGUCGCUCUAUUGUUGAUGAAUCCAAUCGUAUUCGCAAAGAUGGCAGGUUACGAGUUGAAUCUAAGCGAACUGAAGAUAGGCAACGUGAAAUCCGAGAUGAAAGCGAUGGCGAUAGAGAGGAAACACGAGAACACAGGGAAGAAGUCGUACGGCGAUUAGAAUCACAACGAUCUGCCACUGAACAAGUUCGCGAAGUUGAAGACCGUCGUGAGAUACGCAGUGAAGAUGGACAGGAACAACGAGAACGCAGGGAAGAAGUUACACGACGACUUCAAUCACAGCGAUCUGACACUGAACGAAUUCGUGAAGUUGAAGAAAUGGAAAAUAGGCUACAGGAGAGGAAAGACUACGAACCAUUGGAAUCACAACGCUCCCGUUUAGAAGAUUCUAGACGAAUUCGCGAAGUUCGGGAUGAACCAAGGCGAUCUACUGACAAGAGAUUCGAAAUUUUAGAUAAACGUAUUGAUGAUAGAGAAGAACAAGACCGAGAAUAUUCACGGUGGUUCAAUGAAGAUGUAUCCACUCGUAUUAGCGAGGUACGAGAAAGGCGUGACGUAUCACGACGAAGCAUUACAACCGAUCGCGAAAUUCGAGAUGCACGUAAAGAUGAUAGACAGCAGGAACGUGGAUGCCGAGAAGGUGACAUACGACGACAUCUGUCACAAAGAUCUGGUCCUGAUCAACGACGUGAUGUUGAAGACCGCCGUAAUGAUGAGCGAAUUCUGUCCCGUCGUGAAAUUCAUGAUUGUCGCUCUGAAAGUCGCAGUAGGAAUGAUGAUUUACGAUUAUCUAAUGGAAUUGUAUCCAAUAUUAUUCGUGAGGAUCGCGUCCAGCGUGAGGAGGGAAGACAAGAACGUGAAUCCAUGCAAGAAGAUAUGAAUCUGUUAAAACGACGAGUAGACAAUAGGGAAGAUUAUGAAGAUAGAAAUGUUGAUCGGUCAAUGGAAAUUGAUUCUCGACGAAUUCGUCAAAUUGAAGACCGGCGAAUUGAAUCUCGUGAUACAGAACGCACUAACAGACGCAACGAGCGAAAUGUACUACGACGAGCAAUGGAUGUUGAAACUCGUCAAACACGCGAAAUGAAUAAUCGCCAAAAUACCAAUGAAGAACGCAUUCAACGAGCAGACUCCCGCUAUGAACGUUUAUCCGCUGAAAAUAGAAGAAAUGAGAUCAGAGGAGUGGAAAAUUGCAACAUUCGCUACAUUGAAGAUGCAAUUGUAGACAAGCCAUUGAGUUCUUUUAAUAAGUCAUACAUAAUGCUAGGCCAAGGUUUUAUAUUAUCCUUCAUUGUGGCUCAAACACUAAGCGGAAAGAUGGCAAUGAAAUACCAAAAUAUACCUCAAAGGUUACGUGAGGGCUUGGGCGUAUUGGGAUUUUAA